GUUUUUUUGGUUAUAAAGUUCUGUGUGGUAAUGCUAGAAUCUAAGGCUAAUAAUUUUCUGCUGAAAGAGGUUAUAACCAAAUAAAUGAUACUUCUAAAAUUUCAUCUUCACAUCUUAUACUCCAGUGCAAGAAUUUGUUCAACUUAUCCAGUUUUAUGGCUUUUGCCUCAAGUAGUGACGUGAUUAUUCCUUUCUCGCCAUUUGGUUGUAGAGAAAGUUUCUGAGAGUUAUCCUUUUAUCUUCUCCAAGGGCUCUUUGAAGAAAUAGAACAUUAAAAAUAUUUAUGAUUGGAAGCUAAAGAUUACUUUUCUGUCUAGACUUUGCUAAUUUGCACUGAAAUUCUUCAACAGGAGAAUUCUUCAGCGUGGGCAAGAGUAAUGAGUAAAAUACUUAGAGUGAUAUAAUGUUUUCUAGUGUAAUUAGUCAAUGUUGCUGUUUAAUAGCACCUUGAAGCUCAGUUAUCUUGCAGAGAAACAUUACUAGGCUGAAGCAAGUAGUUGUCAUUUUGAUUUCAAAACUAGCUUGUUUUUUAUUGUGGACCAUAACAAGUACAUCUUUGUUCUUUUUGUUCACAAUUGCAACUUUUGUUAAUGUGAGUCCAGGAGUUUAUGGGAGUCCAGUCACGUUCAGCAAACUGGGGAGACAUUAAGAGUGGUAAAUGCUUGGGGGGUUUGCAGAAGUGCCUCAUGUGAUACCUUCUAUUCUCAGCAUAGGAUAAAAUUAGAACUAGUCUGACAUUGCAUUGGUGCCUGAGUGAGAGUUCUAAAUGGUUUUGGUAGUGCAGACAGGAUUUGUAAUUUUUCUCUGCUCUUGCCCAGAAAGCAAUGAGUCACAGAAAAUCCUUGAAAACACCAAAUAGUUGAGGGCUACAAGAAGAUUCAGAGAGAGAUUUGAAGAAUUUAAAAAGCCUUUUCUUAAAGCUGCUACAGGCGGUGAUGCACUGGGCCUGGAAUUCACAGGCCGAUUCCCGUGACUGAACGUGAACAUGCAGGGAUCAUGUCUGAAACUGCCGUUUGUGUUGGAACGUUCACGGCUGUGAAGACGCUUUGGGAAGUGAGAAUACACAAGAUAAAUGAAGAAUUACAGAAAGAAAAGGAAUUCAGACAGAGGUCUGCAGGAAGGCUACUACUUGUCUGGGAGGAGAGGGCUGCUUUAGCAAAGCUCAAAGAAAAAGUUAUUCACGAAGAUGGAAGAGCGAUUUUGAGGAUAGAGGAAGAAGAAUGGAAGACACUGCCUUCAUGCUUACUGAAACUAGCCCAUCUCCAGGAAUGGCAGCUUCAUAGAACUAGUUUGCAGAAAAUUCCUCAGUUCAUUGGAAGAUUUCACAAUCUUGUUGUCCUGGAUCUUUCCCGGAACUCAAUUGAAAGUGUACCUAAAGAAAUUGGACAGCUGACUAGCCUCCAAGAGUUGCUUCUCAGUUACAAUAGAAUAAAAUCUGUUCCUAAGGAAAUAAGUAACUGCGUCAGUCUGGAAAGACUGGAACUGGCUGUCAACAGAAGUAUCAGUGAUCUUCCUCCUCAGCUCAGUGAUUUAAAGAAGCUAUCACACGUAGAUUUGUGCAUGAAUCAGUUUACCACCAUCCCUUCAGCACUUCUCAACAUGCCAAACCUAGAAUGGUUAGACAUGGGGGGGAAUAAACUCCAGGAGCUUCCUGAUGCAAUUGACAGAAUGGAAAAUCUCCACACUUUAUGGCUUCAAAGGAAUGAGAUAAGCUUUUUACCAGAAACCAUUGGUAAUAUGAAAAAUCUCAGUACUCUUGUUCUUAGCAACAACAAACUUAAGGAUAUUCCAGCCUGUAUGAAGGACAUGACAAAUCUGAGAUUUGUCAACUUCAGAGACAACCCACUGGAGUUAGAGGUAACGCUCCCUCCAUGUGAGAAUACAGAAGAGGAGGAGCAACAGGAAAUGUUUGGCAUUGAAUUCAUGCACAUGUAUAUCCAGGAGACACUUAAGAGAACAGGAAAUCUAGAAAGUUGUACUUCUGAUCCUUCUCCUACCGUAAAUGCCAAUGAAUAAAGAACCCAACUGCAAAUGGAAGAAAAUAUGAAGUAUACUUCUUCUUAGUAAAGAGGCGUACAACAGGUUUUUCAAAUAUUCUUAGGUAUUUUAUU